CGUGGCUUGACUCUCGCAGAGAAAAGGGAAAGCAAAGAGCCCAGGCGGUAGAAAUGGAGAGCAAAAGGACAGGGAGGGUGAGCGUAAACGUUGAAGAGACAUGGCGUGGCAGCCACCCAGAAUAAGGAGACCUCAGUCCGCCGUGAGGAGUUUCCUGAGGAACAAAGCCGAGGCUGAGGAGUCGAGCUAACUGUGUGGAGGAUUCUCAUUUCGCUUCGCUUUGGCUCUCACCUCGUAAUCAGCGCGCUCUCAACGGUUUGUGUUGGUCAGUAUCUGCAGGGAGAAGUCUGUGGCAAACAACCCAGUCUGACAGGAUAUAAGGUAGCUCAAUAUGAGUCGAGAUGGGUGGGCAAAGAAGAGAGCCAAUGCCAGCGGUGACAAUGGUUGGGCUGAAAGGGGCGGUUACAUGGCUGCCAAAGUUUCAAAGCUGGACGAGCAGUUUAAACUCGACGCCCCCAGAGAGAAACAGAAGGAUGGCACAUGCUCCAGCAUUUUCAGCGGGGUGUCCAUCUAUGUCAAUGGAUAUACAGAGCCAAGUGCAGACGAGCUUCGCAGACUGAUGAUGCUGCACGGCGGCCAGUUCCACGUGUACUACUCUCGCUCCAAGACCACACACAUCAUCGCCAACAACUUGCCCAACAGCAAAAUACAAGAGCUCAAAGGGGAAAAGAUCAUCAGGCCAGAGUGGAUCACUGAGAGUAUCAAGGCUGGGCGUCUCCUGCCUUACCUACAGUACCAGCUGUACGCCAAACAGAAAGGCCCACUCUUCCCUGGCGUGACUCUGCGCCAGACGUCAGAGAUGGCAGGACCCAGCCAUGGGCCGCUUCAGCUGAGCGUCCAUCAAAAGCUUCAUCUGCCACAGCACUCUACACUCAAGCACGAGCAGCCCUCAUCCAGCUGCCAGAAUAUCUCCACCCCUAACCCCAGCCACAGUCGACUUAACAAAGACAACAUCCAACCUCAGACCAUCCAGCAGAACUCUGCAGCUCGAUUAAUUAACCUCCAACCAAGUCACUCAGCAUCCACUUACCUCAAUGCACACACUCAACCCACCCACCUGAUGUCUAACUCAACCCCGACAAAACACCCACACAGGCUCUCGCCAUCUACCCUUCAAACACCUUCUCAUCUCCAGCAGCAGAGAGCUAGCCAAACACAACCUCAGAUCAACUCUUCUUGCAGCAGUGCCCAGAGUGGCUGCAAGGAAUUAAAAAUAAAUGGAUUACUGCAGACCUCAUUGGAUGCGAUGAGCCAUUCAAAAUUGAAUGAAAUGCAAGAGUGUGUCAAAGAAGAUCCUCUCCUGCAGGUGGCGAAGGAAGCACACCUGACAAACGGACACACUCACCUUGUUAAUGGUGCCUUAAAGCCAGAGGAUCUGUCCCCUGUGACAGAUGAACCCUCUGCUGAUAAGGAACUGCCUCAAUGCAACGUCAAGAGUUCAGAUGAUAAACCUCAGAGUCCUCCAGUACAGUUACAGACCAAACCUGACCCGUACGAGUUCCCCCACAGUCCUCCAAAGCAAUCUGACCAGUCUGCUGUUUUUCAGAAUGAGCAGAGACCUAAACCUCCUCCACCCACGUACCAAGAGGCUUUAAAAGCCACCGAAAGCCACCUACUCCCAAAACCUCUCCAGCCAUCCCGUCAAGUUGAUCCGCAUCCUGAAAAGACUCCUCUUUCACCUGCAUCUCGCUCUCUGUCACAUUCUCCAAUUCGACUGAACGGAAGUCACCACAAUGCCUUUUCAUCCGACCCCGCGUCGCUAAACACAACCAACGUAACAGCUAAACCGGAUCCUCCCACCGAGACGUCUUCGUCGUCAACUGGGUCUUCAGCACAGCUGCUGGCACAGACGGGCGGUUUGAUCUCUGAGUUCUACUCUCACUCACGUCUGCACCAGAUCUCCACAUGGAGGUCGGGCUUCUCCGAGUAUGUCAAUGAACUGCACAGCAAGAGAAAAGCAGCAGGGGGCGCCUCCUUCCCUGGGAAAGACCGACUGAGGAAGUCUGUGGCCCAGCGGUCGACAGAUCAAGGUACAUCAGCACCUUCAAGUGUCAAAUCUUGCAUUCUUCACGUGGACAUGGACUGUUUCUUUGUGUCUGUGGGGAUCCGACAUCGACCAGAUCUCAAAGGGAAGCCUGUAGCUGUGACCAGUAACCGUGGACAGGGCAGAGUGCCCCUAAGGCCCGGGGCCCACCCUCAGCUGGAGCAGCAGUACUACCAGAAGAAAUAUGCUCAUCCUCAACCCGAGAGGGCAGAUGAUGAUCUACACCGAACUCCUUCACAAGAGAGUCCUGACUCCCACGCUAACGGAGUGGACCAGGAUGCUGCCACUCUCUCAAUGGCAGAGAUCGCAUCCUGCAGUUAUGAGGCUAGGCAAGCUGGUGUCAGGAACGGCAUGUUUUUUGGAAAAGCAAAACAGCUGUGUCCCUCGCUGCAGUCCGUCCCGUAUGAUUUUGAGGCCUACAAAGAGGUGGCUCUCACCAUGUAUGAGACUCUGGCGAGUUACACUCACGAUAUUGAGGCUCUGAGCUGCGAUGAAGUGUUGAUAGACGGUUCUGCCCUCCUCGCCGAGUUAGGCGUCAACCCAGAAGAUCUGGCCAGUGCGAUCAGAGCAGACAUCAAGGAGAAAACAGGAUGCUGUGCUUCAGUGGGCAUGGGGUCCAACAUCCUGCUGGCUCGGCUGGCGACUCGCAAGGCCAAGCCAGACGGCCAGUACCUCUUAAAGUCUGAGGAGGUGGAUGAUUUUAUCAGGGACCUGCCAGUGACCAGCUUACCAGGUGUCGGGCCUGUUAUGGGCAGAAAGCUGGCUGCUAUGGGUGUGAGGUCAUGCGGGGACCUCCAACAGGUGUCUCUGUCUCAGCUGCAAAAGAAGUUUGGACCCCGGACUGGACAAACCCUGUUCCGGUUCUGCAGGGGGCUCGACGACCGGCCUGUGCGCUAUGAGAAGGAGAGGAAGUCUGUCUCAGCUGAGAUGAAUUACAACAUUCGCUUCACAAGGGUUGACGAGGCAGAGUCUUUCCUGACUAAUUUGUCCAUGGAGGUGCAGAAACGUUUAUGUGAAGCAGGGCUGCGGGGUCGCAGAGUUACCCUGAAGGUCAUGGUUCGCAAGGUUGGAGCACCACUCGAACCAGCUAAAUACGGUGGACAUGGCAUAUGUGAUAACCUAGCCAGGACUGUAAUGCUCGCUCAGUCCACCGACAGCGGUCAGCUGAUUGCCGCGGCAGUCAUCAAGCUGUUCCACGCCAUGAAGCUGCAGGUUCAGGACAUGAGAGGAGUUGGCAUCCAGGUUCAGCUUCUGGACGGACAUAACUCUGCCCCCCAGGACUCUACGGGCUCUGGGACACGCUCCAUCAAACACAUGUUGCUUGGCAAGGGAUUAAAUGCGAGAUCAAGCAACAAAGAUGUUGCCGAAAACAGCGUACAUCAAGAAAAGACUUCAACCACAGGCCCAUCAUCUCGCUCCUCUCCACAUCCUCUGUCCUCCCCUGAGCCGGUCCCAGGGACAAGCAGAGACCAGCAGGCGUGCAGACAAACUCCAAAACACUCUCGAGCACGUCUCAACUUCAGUAUCGAGGUCCCCUCCCCGUCACAGGUGGAUCGUUCUGUGUUGGAGGCAUUGCCGGCAGAGCUGAGAGAACAAGUGGAGCAGUCGUGGACUAAUCGGGACAGGAAACCAAGUAACCCUCGGUCACCCAGUCCACAACCUCUUGCUCAUGUCCCGCAGCCUCCGUCUCUGAAGUCUCUUCCUCCAUUCCCCAAUCCUGCCCCUGGUCCUGCUCUGUAUACUCCACCUGUUGGGACGUUGCUUCUGCAGAUUCCAAACCAGCCAGACAGUCCGGGAAUUGUACUAGAGCUGCCAAACUUCUCACAGGUUGACCCGGACGUAUUUGCCGCCCUUCCCAAAGAGCUCCAGGACGAACUGAAGUCUGCCUACAACCGCGUAACAAAUGUCCACCCCCAGGCAAAAAAUUCAGUGGAGCAGAAGAAUCCGCUGUUGCAGCUGAAGCAGUCAGGACUGGGAGUCGGCAUCGGUCGGGUGAAGCGGCGAUACAAGAGAAAGAACGCAGCGAGCCCUGUUAAGAAAGGUCCUUCCCCUCUGAAGAAGCGCCUCACAACAAACAGCCCAGCCAAAAUCCUACCAUCACCGAUCAAAUUGCGGGAACCGAUGAACAUAUUAAAGACUGAAAACGGUCCCUCUACAUCAGCCUCAGAUCCAGACAUCCCGGAGUCUCUGUCCAAAGUCAUUCCUUUCCCUGCUCCAACGUUGGCCGGAGCCUAUGACCUGACGGACAUUAAAACUCUCCUACGGGAGUGGGUCACCACCAUAACAGAACCCAUGGAGGAGGACAUCCUGCAGGUGGUGAAAUACUGCACUGAGCUGAUCGAGGAUAAAGAUCUGGAGAAGCUGGAUUUGAUUAUAAAAUAUAUGAAAAGGCUCAUGCAACAGUCGGUGGAGUCAGUUUGGAGCAUGGCUUUCGACUUCAUCGUAGACAAUGUGCAGGUGGUUGUGCAGCAGGCCUAUGGUAGCACCCUGAAGGUAGCAUGAAGACAGAGGGGUCACUGUGCUCCCACCACUUUCUCUUUUGCGUCUUGCGUCAUUGGCGAUAGAAAUUACGACAUCUAAAUCAUGAUUUUCCUCUGGACUUAAUGUUCUCGGCGGCCUCCUGAGAGUGACACAACAUAGUGACUACACACCCACACACACGCACACACACAUACACAUCAGAGAGUGUUACAAUAGCCAUGACAGUAUUCGACGAGAGCGUGUACAGUUCAUUAUUUUCUGUACUUGCUUUUUUCAAGGGACAAGUAACACAAACUGAAAGGCAGGAAAUGUACUUCUAAUCUACUUGCCAAAACUAUGAGCAGCGAUAAGCGUAGUAGCUUUUUGCAAAUGCAUUGUUUUUCAUAUGGAGUUCUUUUUCUAAAUAAAUGUACGUGAAAUUUUAUUUAAGGAUUUUUUGCAGGCAGUGCUUAACGAUUUCUUAUACACCCAGUCUAAACCAGGCCUGAUAAGAUUUUAAAUUUACCUCCUGGUGAGCGUUUUCCAGUAGAUACAGUCGGUGUCCAGUUUUAGCCAAGGGGCGUGGUGAGGGCAGAGUCAGCGAGGGGGAAACAUCCUUUCUAAACAUGUUUUUAUAAAGCUUUAUUUUGGGCAUUUUUGCCUGUAAUGGAUAGGAUAGAGUAGCGUGAGAUGGGGCUGCAAGCUGGAAUCGAACUCGGGCCGCUGCAGCAAGGGCGGAGCCUUUGUACAUGGGGCGCCAGCUCUAACCAGUAGGCCUCGAACGCCCCCAAAACAUGUUUUUUAACUAACAUAGGGGACACAAUUACAUUUAUUAGAAAUAUGAUUAAUGAAACUUAUGAUAAUGUCAGUACCUUAAGGCCAUUAGCACUAUGACGUAAUAGACGUUACGUUACUUAUUGCCAUCAGCCGAUCAUGUAUGGGUUUCCAGUUUAAAGAGCUACAGGUCCUCUGAGACUCAUUACUUUUUUAAACCUGUGUUUAAACAAUCUAACAUUGUUUUAUAAAGCGCUGGGUCCUUUAUGUUUAACCAGAAAAGGCCCCAAAAUCACUAUCGCAACACACACCAGACUCCAUUUUAAAAAACGGUAAUUUUACCGUGUAUACAGCAAUCCUAUUUUUCCAUCCUAUUUGGGGAAUUAAGGGUUUAUUUCAACCAAACCAAAGCUGGUAAUUGUUAAAACAGUUCGAGGAGGACGCAAGAUGGUUUCUGUGAGUUUAUUUUGUUUCUGUGGACUUUGAAUGAAGUGUGUUUUACAGUGAUAAAAUAGCUGUUUUCUUAAAUGGAGUCUGGUGUGAUUGGCGAUAGCGAUUUCAGGGCUGUUUCUGGCUAAACAAAAAGGAUCUUACUUGUUACCAGAAAGGUCUAUCUCUGUAGGGAUCUUUUCAAUAAUGUUGUCAGACACUUAUAACAAUCUGAGCCUGUCAGUGGCAAAAACAAGCACUUUUAGUGGACAAAAAUUGACGGUGCAAACAUGCCCUCAGUGUUUAGCGCUCGCUCAGUGCUGGACCAGGUUCCAAAAAUGUUUUCUUCGAUCCAAAAACAAUGGAAAACAGACUGAAAACAACCCUUAUGCAGAAAGCCUCGCAACAACUCCUCAGCAUAGUAGUGAAUGCUUUGUGUCCCCCCUGGGUGUAGGUGUUCAUAAAAUACCGACUGUAUCUAUCUGGAAUAGCGGUUGACUUCGCCUGUGUGUCCCUAAGGUUUUAAUAAUCUUACAUGGGCACAUUUGAGUGUUCCUCCAUGUAUACAGUUAAAUCUAGGUUUAAAAUUAUGGCUGUGGUGAACACAGUUAUCAUGUUUAAAUGCAUUGCACCUUCUAGCGAUUUUAGAAUCAGUCUUGUAGCACUCUUAAGACAUCAGACUUAUUAUAAUCCCAGAAUGGAAGGAAUAAAAUAUCCUCUUUUCAUCGUUUCUUUGGUGCUUCAUGCCAGUUGCACUGACCUGUGAACUAUCUACGACUGCUGUGUCACAAAAAAGCAAACAAAAUAUAGUCUGCUGCGUACAGUAGUAUCUCUUCUCUUGUCUCACGCAAAAAAAAGUGCCAAACCCUGUUAUUAUAGUGUGUAAAUAAUGUUUUUAAAGAUACUUGUCAAAGGUUUAAAAGAAAAGAUGUACGUGGAGGGUUUACCUCUUGUAUUGUUUACAUGUAGUGACUUCUUAGUAACUGUCUUUAAAUUGUAAAAUCUUCUCACUCUUUAAUUGUUUGUAAGUGUCAGAAGCUGGCCAAAGCUCUUUGUGUGAGGUUAACUGUUGAUUCUCAGUAGCACUCUGACUCGGGAGGAUGUUGACAGGGGUUAUGGCAAUCAAUAAGUAGCCUAUGCAGUUCUUUUAUUCACUAGCAAGUGAGAUGUCCCUGCAAGAUAAUGUAACGUUUCAUACAGCCUUUGUAUCUGGGGUAAAUCUUUUUCUAACGUGUUGCCAGUCUCACAGAUCUGAAUAUUGAAAUAAUGCUGGGUUUGAGAGGAACUGGUGACCUGAUUUUUAAAACUGAACGUAUGUACUUGUGUACUUCACACAUUGGAGACAUUUGUAUGGCUCGUGGCUACAUCAUCGUAUUUCUGUAAAGUUAACUUUUAUAAUCGGUGAUUUGAAGUUCUCUGGCUGGCUUGUGAUCUCAUCAUGCGAGACUUUACGUGUGUGUGGUUGAAAAAGUUUGUUCAAAGCAGUACCCCCCCCACACCCCCGAUAUGCAAACCAAAUCAGUCAUUUUUUUCAACUCGUUGAAAUGAAUGUAAUUCAGAAUGUGCAAGUAGUCUCCACUCUCUCCACUUUCAAGAUGUUUGCUUCUCUUCACCUGUCAUCAUAUCUUUCCAGAAGGGAACGGCCAGAAGUCAAAAUUGGCCAGUCUUGUCUUCUCUAAACUGGCUUGUGCCUGAAGACCUGAAGCUGUGAACUUGUUUGUAAGUUUUCUAAAUCUUGGUAAUAAACUGUAAACUCUGUAUUAA